UUUUUUUUUUUACUUUUUGAGGGAGAUUUUCUCCAAGUGAGAGAGAGAGAAAGGGGGAGAAAAGUUGGUGAAAGAGGAAAAACAUGGGGAACGCAGGGAGCAUGGACCAGCACACUGAUCUCAGGGGACACAACAUGCCUCUGAAACUCCCCAUGCCCGAGCCAGCUGAACUGGAGGAAAGAUUUGCAACCGUUUUGAACUCGAUGAAUCUUCCUCCAGACAAAGCGCGACUGUUGCGGCAGUAUGACAACGAGAAGAAGUGGGAACUCAUCUGCGAUCAGGAGCGAUUCCAAGUGAAAAACCCUCCUCACGCGUACCUCCAAAAGCUGAGGAGUUAUCUAGACCCUGCAGUCCCAAGAAAGAAAUUCAGACGGAGAGUUCAGGAGUCCACUCAAGUCCUGAGAGAACUGGAAAUAUCGUUGCGGACCAAUCAUAUAGGGUGGGUGAGAGAAUUCUUAAAUGAGGAGAACAAAGGUCUGGACGUGCUGGUGGAGUAUCUUUCUUUUGCACAGUAUGCCGUCACGUUCGAUGGAGACUGUGAGGAGAACAACCCAGAGGCUGCUAUGGAUAAGUCUAAGCCCUGGAGCCGCUCUAUAGAAGACCUGCAUGGAGGAGGCACCUUGUCGUCUUCCAUCACUGGGAACAGCAUCACACGUGCUGGCCGACAUUCCACGAUACGCAGCAACACACUGCCGAGCCGGAGAACUCUGAAAAACUCCAGACUGGUCUGCAAGAAAGACGAUGUGCACGUCUGCAUCAUGUGCCUGCGUGCCAUCAUGAACUACCAGUAUGGCUUCAACAUGGUCAUGUCUCACCCACAUGCUGUGAAUGAAAUUGCACUAAGUCUCAACAAUAAAAACCCAAGAACUAAAGCUCUGGUCUUGGAGCUCCUGGCGGCAGUUUGUCUCGUGAGAGGAGGCCACGAAAUUAUUCUCUCUGCGUUCGACAACUUUAAGGAGGUGUGUGUGGAGACACAGAGGUUUGAGAGGCUAAUGGAGUAUUUCAAGAACGAGGACAACAACAUUGACUUCAUGGUGGCCUGUAUGCAGUUCAUCAACAUAGUCGUGCACUCAGUGGAGGACAUGAACUUCAGAGUUCACCUACAGUAUGACUUCACCAAGCUGUGUCUGGACGACUACUUAGACAAAAUAAAGCACACAGAGAGCGAUAAGCUGCAGGUUCAGAUCCAGGCCUACUUGGAUAACGUGUUUGACGUGGGAGCCCUUCUGGAGGAUGCAGAGACUAAAAACGCUGCCCUGGAGCGAGUGGAGGAGCUGGAGGAGAACAUGUCGCAUAUAACAGAGAAGCUGCAAGAUACGGAGAACGAGGCCAUGUCCAAGAUUGUGGAGCUUGAGAAGCAGCUGAUGCAAAGGAACAAGGACCUUGAAACGAUCAGGGAAGUCUACAAAGACACCAGCUCGCAGGUACACUCACUGCGGCAGAUGUUGAAGGAGAAGGACGAGGCCAUCCAGCGACAGAGCAACCUGGAGAAAAAGAUCCACGAGCUGGAGAAACAAGGCACCAUUAAGAUCCACAAGAAGGGAGAUGGAGACAUCUCCAUCCUGCCCUCCCCACCCUCCGGUGUGGGCGGCUUGCCGGGGGUUGUGAUCGGAGGAAACGGGGCACCUGUCAGUCCAAAUAACCUGGGAGUCGUAGCUGGCUCGCCGGCUCCACCACCUCCUCCUCCAGCCCCUCCACUGCCAGUGAACGGCACAUUGACAAACGGACCAUCAUCAGCCGUUCCUGCAGCUGCUGCUCCCCCACCUCCACCGCCUCCCCCUCCACCUCCACUUCCUCCCCUAGGGUCAGCUUCACAUAUCUCGGGACCUCUGCCUCCGCCGCCUCCUCCUGCAGCGCCGCCGCUGCCCGGCUGUGGGACGCCCACUGUCAUCAUGAACUCUGGGUUAGCAGCUGUUAAGAUCAAAAAACCCAUCAAGACAAAGUUCCGUAUGCCCGUUUUCAACUGGGUCGCCCUGAAACCAAACCAGAUCAACGGGACCGUCUUUAAUGAGAUUGAUGAUGAGAGGAUACUGGAGGACCUAAACGUGGAUGAGUUCGAGGAGAUGUUUAAGACGAAAGCUCAGGGCCCAGCUAUCGACCUCAUCUCGAGCAAGCAGAAGGUCAUCCAAAAGAUGCCCAACAAGGUGACGCUACUGGACUCCAACAGAGCAAAGAACCUGGCCAUCACACUGAGGAAAGUGGGCAAGACUCCUGAGGAGAUCUCCAAGGCCAUUCAGAUCUUUGACCUGCGAACUCUGUCGGUGGACUACGUGGAGUGUCUGAUGCGCUUCCUGCCCACAGAAAAUGAGAUUAAAAACCUGCGGCAGUUUGAGAAGGAGCGCAAACCGCUGGAGAGCCUGACAGACGAGGACCGCUUCAUGAUGCAGUUCAGUAAAAUCGAGCGGCUCAUGCAGAAGAUGACCAUCAUGGCCUUCAUCGGCAACUUCUGCGAGAGCGUGCAGAUGCUCACACCGCAAAUUCAUGCAGUCAUUGCAGCAUCUGUGUCCAUCAAGUCGUCACAGAAGCUAAAGAAAAUUCUAGAGAUUAUCUUGGCACUUGGAAACUACAUGAACAGCAGCAAAAGAGGAGCCGUGUACGGAUUCAAGCUGCAAAGUUUAGACUUGCUACUUGAUACCAAGUCGACAGACCGUAAGAUGACGUUGUUACACUACAUAGCCAAUGUGGUAAAGGAGAAAUACUCACAAGUCUCUCUCUUCUACAACGAGCUGCACUAUGUGGAGAAAGCUGCGGCAGUGUCGUUGGACAAUGUCCUGAUGGACGUUAAGGAGCUGCAGAGAGGCAUGGAGCUGACCAAAAGAGAGUACAGCAUGCACGGCCACAACACCAUGCUCAAAGACUUCAUCACACACAACGAGAGCAAGCUGAAGAAGCUGCAGGACGAGGCCAAGAUUGCACAGGAUGCCUUUGACGAGGCAGUGAAGUUCUUCGGGGAGAACUCCAAAACAACCCCACCCUCCGUCUUCUUCCCUGUGUUUGUGCGGUUUGUUAGGGCUUACAGGCAAGCAGAGGAGGACAACGAGCACAAAAAGAGACAGGAGCAGAUUUUGAUGGAGAAACUUCUGGAACAGGAGGCCAUGAUGGAGGAAGGCCAGAAGUCUCCAUCACAUAAGAACAAGCGGCAGCAGCAAGAGCUGAUCCAGGAGCUCAGGAGGAAACAGGUGAAAGACAGCCGCCACGUCUACGAAGGCAAAGAUGGAGCGAUAGAGGACAUCAUCACGGUGCUGAAGACAGUGCCCUUUACCGCCCGCACAGCGAAGCGUGGCUCUCGGUUCUUCUGCGAGCCCGCCCUCAAUGACGAGUACCAUUACUAAGCUUGUAGAACUGUCUCUCUUCUCUAAGAUUUGAGGAAUCAGCCUUACAGGCGAGCAGACGCUGUGCGGAGGAGUGUCAGGAGACGCUUCGAUGAUCAGAACCUGCGGCC